ACUCACCCACCACGCAAUUCCCCUCACCUCCCCAAGUCUCCCCCACUGCCCGAAACCCCCAAUUCGAAAUUCGAUUUGGGGAUUUCGGCGUCUCGCUUCCCCGUGUGGUUCCUCAGAUCCGAGCUCGGCUGUCUCUUUGAUUUGCCUCUGGGCUUGGAGUUGGAGUUGAGUCGAUUCCGGGUCGAUUUCUUCCAGGGGACUCCGUUGGAGCUUCGCUCGGAUGGCGUCGUCUCCGAUGUCGUACUGGUGCUACCACUGCAGCCGCUUCGUGAGGGUCUCCCCAGCCACCGUCGUCUGCCCGGACUGCGACGGCGGCUUUCUCGAGCAGUUCCCGCAGCCGCCGCGCGGAGGCGGCGGCAGCGGCCGGCGUGGGGCGAUGAACCCGGUGAUCGUGCUCCGCGGUGGAUCGCUGUCCGGGUUCGAGCUCUACUACGAAGACGGCUCGGGCGACGGGCUGCGGCCGCUGCCCGGCGACGUGUCGCACCUCCUGAUGGGGUCGGGGUUCCAUCGCCUGCUGGACCAGUUCUCGAGGCUGGAGGCGGCGGCGCCGCGGCCGCCGGCGUCCAAGGCUGCGGUGGAGUCGAUGCCGUCCGUUACGGUCGCCGGAGGAGGCGGGGCCCACUGUGCGGUGUGCCAGGAGGCGUUCGAGCCUGGCGCCGCGGCCCGGGAGAUGCCGUGCAAGCACGUCUACCACCAGGACUGCAUCCUCCCCUGGCUCUCCCUCCGCAACUCCUGCCCCAUCUGCCGGAGCGAGCUACCAGCGGCGGCCGUCCCUGAGGCAGAGGCAGAUGCAGGACUCACCAUCUGGCGACUCCCCCGCGGCGGAUUUGCCGUCGGGAGGUUUGCCGGCGGUCCCAGAGAACAGCUACCAGUUGUCUACACCGAACUGGAUGGUGGCUUCAGUAACGGGGUCGGGCCGAGGCGGGUGACAUGGCCAGAGAGGGAGGGGCAAGUAGACAGUGGCGAAGGUCGGAUUCGCCGUGUAUUUAGGAAUCUGUUUGGUUGUUUUGGUCGGGGCAGCCGGCCAGAGAGUUCCUCGCAGUCCCGCAGUGGCUGAGCAAAGUUCUUAUUGGUAACUCACUUUCAAUUGAUGAUAGUGGUGAAUAAGUAGGAGUUAGUAUAAGGAGAAAACCCAGAUCAUGAUUUCUUCAGUCUUUUGAUGUAAAUGAAGGCCUUGCAUUGCCCCCACUUUUUUGGUCUUGUUUUAGGAACUUGGAGAUGCCAUGAGCAAACAACUCGAAAUGAAUUUGAAUAGCAAAUUUGGGGAAUGAACACAGGCCUUCAAUAAUGAAAUAGAAGUUGAUUUAUGGGAGGAUUGAAAUGAGUCAUUGACAAUAUUGUAGGCAAGAGAACAGUUGUUGUUUUCACUUCUGUACUAUUUGUGCAUAUACUGGAUUGGUUCAAGAUUAAUUCGAUUUUGCA